AUACAAGUACGAUGUCGACAAGAACAUGACAGUACUCAAGAUGUUGGAUGCUGAAGGCAAGGACAUAGGAAUGAUCAGCUGGUUUGCAGUGCAUUGCACAAGUAUGAACAACACUAAUGGAUUGGUGAGCAGUGAUAACAAGGGGUAUGCUUCUCAGCUGAUGGAGAAAACCUUCAACAAGGACUUUCCUGGCAGUGGUACAUUUGUAGCUGCCUUUGCACAAGCCAAUGAAGGAGACGUGUCCCCAAACACUGCUGGACCAAAAUGUCUCGACACAGGGAAUCCCUGUGAUAAUGCCACAAGUACCUGUAAUGGCAGA